AAACAGCGCCGCUCACGGACAAACUUCACACUAGAGCAACUAAACGAACUGGAACGUCUAUUUGAGGAGACACAUUACCCAGAUGCCUUCAUGAGAGAAGAACUAAGCCAAAGAUUAGGCUUGUCAGAGGCUAGAGUUCAGGUAUGGUUCCAGAAUCGAAGAGCCAAAUGCCGAAAACAGGAGAGUCAGAUGCAGAAAGGAAUGAUUCACCAAGCCAUAGGUGCUUCUCCUUUCCUUGAUAGCUGUCGGUUGGGGCCCUUUAUCACAAUGCCAACAAUGCGAUAUCCCUUUGAGAGACUGCCUUACCCCCCUUUAGGCGCUCACUAUAACUUUCUACAGAUGGCGCCACAUUCGUUUCACCCCAUGCUGUUAUGCCCUACACCACAUUACCCUGGACUUAACUACAGCGUUUUAUCAGAGAACCCUGAAAAAUCUGCCAAAAAUUCCAGCAUUGCUGAUUUAAGACUGAAGGCCCGACAACACCUGGCUACCUUGGGCCUAUGA